AACCGCUUCAGCGUUAAUGAAUUUCACUGAAAGGAAAAAAGCACAAUUGAAGAUGAGCAGGAAAGAGGUCCUAGCAAUUGUGUUCUUUUUCACUGCAAAUAAUCCUGCAGUGCUGGAACAUGGGAAAUAUCGCACCUACCAACACAGAGAUCCAGUCACUGGCAAAAUGCUUCUCUGUAAUCAAUGUCCUCCAGGAACACACCUGCAAAACCAUUGUACUACCAAGCACCAGACUGUCUGUGCACUUUGCCCAGCUCAGCACUAUACCCAGUACUGGAAUUAUCUUCCCAUGUGCCUGUACUGCAACAAUUUCUGCAGGGAGAACCAGUUCGUAAAGGAAGAGUGUUCUCCCACCUACAACAGAGUUUGUGAAUGCAAAAAAGGCUACUACUGGGAUUCAGAGUUUUGCAUAAAGCACACAGAGUGUCCUUCAGGAUAUGGGGUCAAAGCUAAAGGAACAGCAAACAAAGACACAGUAUGUGAGAAGUGUCUUUCCGGGUACUUUUCCUCAAAAAUAUCAAGUCAUUUAUCCUGCAUGAAGCACACCAAUUGCACAGCUCAUGGCUUAAAACGGAUUCUCAAGGGCACUUCAUGGCAUGACAACUUGUGCAUUUCCUUCAGCGAUUUCCAAGUCAAAGGUACUCUUAGUUUAUACAGAGAAAUCAUUCUAGAAUUCUUUUCUCAUCAAAAGAUGAAGCUGAAGAAGGUGGUCAGAUUUGGAAAGAAGUCUCUAAAUGAACAACUGCUGACGCAGUUAAAAGGCAAUGGAAACCUCUCUGCUCAGAAACUUAUGUGCAUUUAUGUCAAACAGUGGAUGUCUCUUCAGAAACCAGGCACAAAUGUGAUUAAAAAAUUGCUGGAAAUGCUGAAGAAAUCACAACUUCAUAAUGUUGCAAGUAGGUUUGGGAAUAAAUUUAAAGGUGUACUGGCAAAAAAAAAAGAGGAAUGAGGAAUAAUUGAAUACAAGAAAAAUCAGAAGAGAGAGGUGGAUGAAAAGUUAAUGAUCAAGAUGAACAACAAGGAAUUUGCUGCUUAUUGCACGGCACAGUUAUUUCACAAAUUGAAGUUGUUCCAAACAUCGGUUAUUGUUAUAUUUACCUGGUUCACUGGAAAACACCAUGCUCCCUCCAAUUUAAUGUUCUGUUAUUGGAUUUUUCUGGCUUGCGAUACUUGGGUUCAUAGUGGCUUGAGCAUGGACAAGGUUUUUAGAUGGUUCUAAUAAAAACUGCGAGAACCCUGUUUGGAUCAGGGCCACCUGGACCCACCCCUUGAGCAAGGUCUGGGAAUGGUGUUCAAUACCUAGCACCUGGUGGCUGGGUCACCCACAUAACCUGGUAGUCCCGACCCUAAUUUAAUCUGGAGCUGUUGUGUGGUCUCACCAUCUGCAAGGUGAAGGAUAGGGGUUGGUUGCGCUGCCAAGUGAGUAGUGGGGCUGCCUCCAGAGGGAUUGGGUUCAUUUUUUUGUGGCUGAGCUCACUGUGUUGAUUAAUCAGAUCUUUAGUGAUAGAGGUGGUUGAGAUCCAGCCAGAAAUGCUGAAGGUGCUGGACAUAGUUAGGGAACCGUUGGUUAACAUACCUCUUCAGUGUUGAGUGGAAGGUAGGGACAAUCCCUUUGGAUAGGCAGACUGGGGUGGUGGUUCCUAUUACAGAGAAAUCACACUCCUCUGCCUCCCAGGGAAAGCCUAUGCCAGGGUUUUGGAAAUGAGAUGUUAUCUAAUAGUCGGGGCUCAGACACAGAUGAUAUAAUCUGUCCUGGCCGUUGAACAAUAGACUAACUCUUUGUCCUUGCAUGGACCUUGAGGGAGCAUGGGAGUUUGCUACACCUCUCUGCAUUUGUUUUGUGAAAAUGCAGAAAGCUAAAGACUGUGUACCCCAGAGUAUCUUGUGGUAGGUGCUUUGGGAGUAUGGGUUGCUGGUUUUGGUGCUGCAUGCAAUUCGGACCUUGUGUUUGCAGAAGGAAGGUUAUGUCCACAUUAUUGGCGUUAAAUCGAGCCUGUUCAUGGUUGGCAUUGAACUCCACCAAAGGUGCGUCUGGUCUCAGGUCCUGCUUGUGAUUUUCACGGACAGGAUAACAAGGCACAGCAGAGGUUUGGAGUGCAUCCUGUUUGGGGACCAGAGGGUUGCAUCUCUGGAGCACUUCACCAAAUGUGAUGGGGUCAGGAUGAGGGUCAAGGCCCCAAUGUACUUAAAAUCCUUAUGACCUCCGAUGUAGAGGUCUCUAGAGAGUGGUCUCCAGAGACCUCUACAUCGGAGGUCAUUAUUCUCUCCUGGAAAAGAGUGGCUCGCUGUUUCAAGUUCAGGAGGAAACCACUGCCACAAGUGAAGGAUUUUAAGUACAUUGGGGCCUUGUUCACGAGUGCGGGUAGUGAGGAUUAUGAGACUGACCAGCAUUAAUGCAGACCCUGUACGUAAUGGUGGUGAAGAAGCAAUAGCUACGUUUUUAGAUUAAGUUCUCUUUUAAGAUCUACAUCCCUGUCCUCACCUAUGGUCACAUGCUCUGUGUAGUGACCUAUAGAAUGAAAUUGUAGUUGCUAGCAGCAGAAAUGAGGUUUCUCCGAAGGGCUGCUUGGUUUACUCUCUGUGACAGGGUGAGGAGCUUGGCAGUCCAGGAGGACCUUGGAGUAUAAUUGCUGCUCCUCUAAAAUUGAGAGCAGCCAGUUGAUGUGGUUUGGGCAUCUGGCGAAGAUAUCUCCCACUAGUGGUGUACCAGGUACUGCCCAUUAGGGCUAAUCCAAGACAUGCUGGAGGGAUUAUGUCUCUCAAAUGGCCCGAGGGUGUCUGGGAAUCCCCCAAAAGGAGCUGAAGACAUUGGCUGCGGAAAGAGAAGGUUGGUCUGCUCCGUCUUAUCUGUUACCACUGCAGCCCUCUCCAGGAAUAACUAGUUAGAAGACAGAUGGGUGAAAAACAUCCUGAUCAUCGGAUCUGACCUACAGUGUAUACCAUCUACCAUUCUGGCACAAAACAAGUACAAAUUUUCACUUUUAAGAAAUUACCUUGGCAAUAUCCUGGAAAUGUGUUAUCUUUAAUGUAUUCACAUAAUAUUUACUUCAUUUUGAACUCAAUCAUCAUUAACAUUGACAUUACAGUCUUCCAUUAUUGUACAUACAGUAGAAUUGGAAUAACAGUCUUUCUUAUUUUCUGUACAUACAGGAUGCUGAUAUGUAUAUAUGUUUGGGAAAAUAAACAUUUUAUG